GCGGCGGCGGCUUCUCCCGUCUGGUCUCGCUCUCACUCACUCACUCACUCACUGGGGAGCCCGGCGGCAGCGGCGGCGGCAAGCUUCGAGCCGGAGAGAAGGACAGAUAGACGGGACCGCGAGCGAGCGGCUGGACCGACCGACCGACUGACCGCCCGAGGUGCUUCGAGUUCCGCCAUGAGCUGGGGCACUGAGCUGUGGGAUCAGUUUGAUAAUCUAGACAAACAUACACAGUGGGGCAUUGACUUCUUGGAAAGAUAUGCAAAAUUUGUUAAAGAGAGGAUAGAAAUUGAACAGAAUUAUGCAAAACAGUUGAGGAAUCUGGUUAAAAAAUAUUGCCCUAAGCGGUCAUCCAAAGAUGAAGAGCCUAGAUUUACUUCCUGUAUAGCCUUUUUUAACAUCCUUAAUGAGUUAAAUGACUAUGCUGGACAACGAGAAGUAGUAGCAGAAGAAAUGGGACACAGAGUAUAUGGUGAAUUAAUGCGGUAUUCUCAUGAUCUGAAAACAGAAAGAAAAAUGCAUCUCCAGGAAGGACGAAAAGCUCAGCAAUAUCUUGACAUGUGCUGGAAACAGAUGGAUAAUAGUAAAAAGAAGUUUGAGAGGGAGUGCAGAGAGGCAGAAAAGGCUCAGCAGAGCUACGAAAGAUUGGACAAUGACACCAAUGCAACCAAGGCAGAUGUGGAAAAGGCUAAACAGCAGCUAAAUCUUCGAACUCACAUGGCUGAUGAAAAUAAAAAUGAAUAUGCUGCACAACUUCAGAACUUCAAUGGAGAACAGCACAAACAUUUUUACAUAGUCAUUCCUCAGAUUUAUAAGCAUCUUCAGGAAAUGGAUGAACGAAGAACGAUCAAACUCAGUGAAUGUUAUAAAGGAUUUGCAGAUUCAGAACGUAAAGUUGUUCCAAUUAUCUCAAAGUGCUUGGAAGGAAUGAUUCAUGCUGCAAAGUCAGUUGAUGAAAGAAGAGACUCACAAAUGGUGGUCGACUCCUUCAAGUCUGGAUUUGAACCUCCGGGAGACUUUCCUUUUGAAGAUUAUAGUCAGCAUAUUUACAGGACCGUUUCUGAUGGUACUAUCAGUGCCUCCAAGCAGGACAGUGGGAAGAUUGAUGCCAAAACCACCGUAGGAAAGGCCAAGGGCAAGUUGUGGCUUUUUGGAAAGAAACCAAAGCCACAGUCCCCACCCCUUACCCCUACUAGUUUAUUCACAUCCAGUACUCCUAAUGGGUCCCAGUUUCUCACAUUCUCCAUUGAACCUGUGCAUUAUUGUAUGAGUGAAAUAAAAACAGGGAAGCCCAGAAUUCCUUCUUUCAGAAGCCUCAAAAGAGGGUGGUCGGUGAAGAUGGGUCCAGCAUUAGAAGAUUUCAGUCAUCUACCCCCAGAACAGAGACGUAAAAAACUGCAGCAGCGGAUUGAUGAACUUAACAGAGAACUACAAAAAGAAUCAGACCAAAAAGAUGCACUCAACAAAAUGAAAGAUGUUUAUGAGAAAAAUCCACAAAUGGGGGAUCCUUGCAGUUUGCAGCCCAAACUAGCUGAGACCAUGAAUAACAUUGACCGACUACGUAUGGAAAUACAUAAGAAUGAGGCCUGGCUUUCUGAAGUUGAAGGUAAAACAGGUGGGAGAGGAGACAGAAGACACAGCAGUGACAUAAAUCAUCUGGUAACACAAGGAAGAGAAAGCCCUGAAGGAAGUUAUACAGAUGAUGCAAACCAGGAAGUCCGAGGACCACCACAACAGCAUAGUCACCCUAAUGAGUUUGAUGAUGAAUUUGAAGAUGAUGAUCCCUUACCUGCUAUUGGACACUGUAAAGCUAUUUAUCCUUUUGAUGGGCAUAAUGAAGGCACUCUGGCCAUGAAAGAAGGUGAAGUUCUCUACAUCAUUGAAGAGGACAAAGGAGAUGGAUGGACGAGAGCACGGCGGCAGAAUGGAGAAGAAGGCUAUGUGCCGACAUCUUACAUAGAUGUGACUCUAGAGAAAAACAGUAAAGGUGCAGUAACUUAUAUCUAAACUCUAACCAGGCAGCUUCGUACCGUACGUUCCCCAGGAAAGAGAACUCUACAUACACACAUUCAGUGGGAUGAAAACUGUUAGGAAACAUUUCAUAAAGGGCAUCUAAGGUUUAUUGUUCACCAUGUGAGCUUAGCUCAGGCUUAAUGCUUAAUUAAGAGUUGUGAAUGUUGUGAAAGGAAAAUGUUCUUUUUGUGUUUAUUUUCUAAUUUGAGCAAAAUUCUUUGGGGUUUAAUCACUGCGGUUGGCCUUAUGUCCUAUAUCAAUCCACUUGAAAGAUUUGUGGUUUUCUGUUUGACCAAUCAUAGCAUCUUACUCAUUGAAAAGGUUCCUGUAGACUUAAAGCUUUUUAUUAUCCCUGCUUCAGAAAACAGAUAAGAUAAAAUAGCAAUGAGAAAAUAAUACUACUUGGGAAUUCUAAAAAGCAUAUUCAUAAAACUGUAGUAAUUAUCUCUUUUUAGCAAUGUAAGGUAAAGUGACAGUUCCCAGAAAGACAAUUUACUAAUAGCUGAUGAACUUGGCCAAAGAAAAAUGCCUAAUUUUCUUUUUGUUUUCUAAAUAUUUUGUAACAUUAGUCUUCUAAAGAUGAAAAGUUGUUUUAAAGGAAAAGAACCCUAUUGCCUACAUGGGUAGUAUGUUUAAAAAUUUUACAAAGUAAUUUGACCUAGUCACUUUGUGUGUUUCCUGACUAGGAAAUGUUUUCUGAAUUUCUAGUAAUUUUCAGUAAUGUAUAUAUUUCAACAUUCAUCUUAUCCUUGCAUUGCUCAUCUUGAAAAUACUUUUUUGGAGAAUAUCUCUUUUCAUGGGUUAACAUCUAAGAACCCAUUAAGUAGGAAGACACAGGUUUCAAAUAAGUUGGAAUUGGAAUUUUUUAAUGCAAAUAUAGUUGGUACUUUGUUUUAAAAACUAAACAAUGGGGGCAGCUAGGUGGUGCAGUGGAUAAAGCACAGGCCCUGGAUUCAGGAGGACCUGAGUUCAAAUGCGGCCUCAGACACUUGACUCUUACUGGCUGUGUGACCUUGGGCAAGUCACUUAACCCUCAUUGCCCCACAAAAAAAAAACAAACAAAAAAACAAAAAGAAAACCUAAACAAUGACCAAAAAAACCAAAAACAGUGCUCCGCGGACUGAAUUCUGAUUUAAUCACAAUAAAUAUACAUUUAUGGUCCCCGAGUAAGGCAUCCCUUAUGAGUAAGAAGGCACAUCUUUUGUCCAGUUCAAGUCAAACAAAUAUUUCUCAGAAGGACCAGUUCUCAUCAGUAAGGAAGGCUCUUUGGAUGGAGUUAGCUCUUUGCAGAGAGAAUGGAGUAAGGCGGCUGGGAAAGGGGCUGUGCCAUAGUCCAUGUGGAUCGAAACUCACAAAGGACUUGCGGCCGCGGGACUCGCUAGGGGACGUUUGGGACAGGCACUCAACUGAACACCUCCUUCUGUCUUUCCAAAGGUCUUCAGUAAUUAUGUUCUUUUCUUUUUCCUCCUGGACUGCAGGUUCCUGAAGAGGGUUUCUGAGAAAAUGGGCGAGAUGUGGAAGGAGGUUACAUGCAGCUGCUCUGGGGGGGAGGGUAGUAGAGUUGGCAGGCUUAAAGAGAGAGAGAGAGAGAGAGAAAAGCAAAUUGCAUGAGUGCAUGCAGGCAUACAUUAUUAUUUUCACUAACCUCAUUUCCAUGCAUUGUUUUUUAAAAAUCAUGAUAUUACAAAUUCUCACAAUUCUGCUUCAGAAUUCUCUAUUAGAAAAAGGCCAAAACAACCUUGUCCACCGUUUUCCAUUUGUUUCACUCUCUUUGUUAAAGUCAGAAAAACUGCAGUGAUGAUUUCCCAUUUGUUUCACUUGUUACAGUUGUCCCAGUAGGACUGUCUUUCAUCCAGGCCCUGUUUUAAUUGGCUGUUUGUUAGCCCCAUGCCAUUUGUCAGUGUCUGCCUGUUCCGCCUCCAGGCUCGCCUAACAUCCUGUUGCAUGUCUAGAAUGAUUGGACUAGAUUUGUGUCAGGCAUGUCUUUAUAACCUCUUGUUUUCAAUGCUUGUGUUUUGUUUUACAUUUGUAAUGAAAACCACUAUUUUGUAAAACCUCUCCAGCACUAAUGUUUUCAUCCCAGUGUUCAUGUAUGCUGCUAUAAUGUCCCCAUUCAUUGCAACCAUCGUCAUAGUCCAGUUUUGGCAUUAUGAAGAAGUGGUCUGUGGACCCUAAGUAUUUUUGGUGAUUAGAAAAAGAAAACAUCUCUGCUCUAGCCUACAACAUAGUCAAAAGAACUCUUUGAAAUGUGAUCCAUCUCCAACACCUCAUUCUGAGAAGAACCUAUAGUGAGCACUGAAAUCCUGGCAAAGUAACACAGAAGAUACUCACCAUCGCAAGACAAAUGACUCUUUUUCAAAAGUCAGCUGCUUGCCGUUCAAAUACUGCCUUAAACUAGAGUGCCUAAAUCUGUUGAUUGCCAACACUACCACUACAGUAUCCCACAAAGGGCUUUAUGUAUCGGCUUGGUAUGACCUCCUUUAACUCUCCCCAGUGCUGCGACAGCUGCAGAAGGAACCGUGGUACGUGUCUUCUAGAGUGCUUCUACAUAUGAUGGUGCAUCUCUUCACAUUUAUGCAUCAGAAUACAAGACGUGUAUCCGUCCAUUUUACUUUACUAAAUGUUUUUAAUAGAAUUUGUAUGAAACUACCCCCUCCCGCAAUUGUCUUUUAAUUUGGGGUAAUGAAGCUACCACCAAAUUACUAUAAUGAUAGUCUGUUCUCAAGUGAUGCUUUCGUUUUGAACCAGUUUAAAUUUGAGUGGAACUUUGUAAUGAUUUAUGUGCACUUUUACUUGUAAAAUGACAAUUUCAAUAUGUUUAUACGUGUAAAUAGAGUUGUCUGCAUUGCCCCUAUUGCUUAUAUUGUCUUGCUUCCCAUUUGUGAUUCUGUUGAUGGCUUACAUCAUACCUGAUUUACUAGAGUAAUAGUGAAGUAGGGGAAGGGAAAUACUUGUACCACUCAGUGCUUCAUUAACUCCGUUCUUUGCUGUUUGAGGGAGAAAGAGAAUGUGAAAUGGUCUGUGUUUCAUUGGAUUUUAAGCAAUAUUUUAGAAGCCUUGUGACUCCUUUUAAAAGACCUUUGUUUCCAGUGUUAUUUGACUUGUACUACCAGUAAAACUAAAGCUGAGUGACUAUUGUGUGGAAGUUGAUUCCUUUAUUACAAUGAAUAUGCCACUAUUACAGAUGACCAUGUUAUUACCUUUGGGGUAUGAAACUAUCAAGUUUAGAUUUUGGAUAUUGUAUACAGGGUUAUUUAUAUGAUGUGACAUUACUCAAUACGGACAGACUACACAAUGUAGUUUUUGAAAUCUAGUGCUUUUCCCCCCCAUUUUAAAGGUUAGCAGUGGAAAGAAAUGUGAUCUGGCUGUUUGUCUUUCGUAUGAGGCCUGGAGUUCUUGUGUAUGAGGCCUGGAGUUCUUGUGUUUGCCUGGCUAGCAGCCAACAGGUCAAAGUUUAAGACUUCCUUGUAAGGACUAACUGUUCUUUCCAAGCUACUGUUUGUUUUUCUAAAAGCAGGAUUUGCUUCCUUUGGGAACAAGUCCCUUCAUGUGGGAUAGUGCAACCUGUAUAUGGGUUUAUUACAUAUAGGAAAGACAUUUGUACUUGCACAGCUAGUUAAAAUCAUUCUACAAAUUGGAACAUGUGAAUUGUCUUAAAGAGAUCUUCAAUUUUUUCAGUAAUUUUUACUCCUUUUGUGCACAUGUUGAUUUCUUAAUGGUAAAUGCUUUGUUUAAAAUAGUGUUCUCUGUUGAGAAUAUUUUCAUGGAAUAAACAGUCUUUUCAUGGUCA